GUGUAUAACGAAAAGUUGGAAUUUGAAGCCUAAUACCCAUGAUCGCGUGUUACAAUUUAUUUUAAUAAUAACGAUUUUUUUCCCAUCUUUUUAAAGUCCCAAAAGUUACGGAUCCCAGAAAUUUUUGGUGGAGAAUGUUGAAAAAUGGUUAAGCUUGGAGUGUUUUUUUUGAGUCUUGCAAGACGAAAAAAACUUAUUGGAUUAGAAACAAGAAAAUCUUAUAUAUCACCCAAAAAUAAUGAAGGUAUAUGGCAUGGUGCAGGAGUGAAGUCUGGUUUUAUAGAAACUUUCUCCAAAAAAAAGACAAAACGAUUUUGGAAACCAAAUGUCUUCGAACGUGAAUAUCAUAGUGAUUUGUUGAAUGAAACAGUUUGUUAUACCUUCACGAUGAAAGCGGUACGUGCAAUAGAUUAUGCUGGAGGAUUUGAUAACUAUAUUUUAAGAACUCCUGAUAAUGUUUUAGUAUCUAAUGCUGCUAUUGCACUGAAAAGAAAAAUGGAAACUGUUCAAAGGAUGCUUCAAGCUGGUUAUAAAACAUUAGAUGAAAUUAAAGAAGAAAUAAAGCCUCAGAGAAUUAGUAAACACGUGUGGAAUCCCCCGAAUUUUGUGAAUAGAUUUUAUUUUGAAUGGAGAGGCCCACGAAAACAUGCUAUCUAUUGUUAAAAUUAUUUUUUUUGUUAUUAAAGUUUUUUAAAUUAAA